AUGACUGGCUCCAUAGCCGAUGCUCGAGCUUCAGUGGAUCGUGCUCGAGGAGAAGCUGCAGAGUUCAGAUACAAGUUUGGUUACGAAAUGCCAUGCGACGUGUUGGCCAAAAGAUUGGCAAAUAUCAACCAGGUUUACACACAAAGGGCAUACAUGCGACCAUUAGGCGUGGCCACAACCCUCAUCUCUGUCGACGACGAAUUGGGACCCCAGCUGUACAAGUGUGACCCUGCAGGCUACUACGUCGGCUACAAAGCCACAGCAUCUGGUCCAAAGCAACAAGAGGCUCUCAAUCAUCUUGAAAAGAAAUUGAAGAACAAGGACUGUGCACCAGGAGACUGGGAAGAAGUUGUCGAAUUGGGUAUCAGCACCCUCAGCACAGUGUUGAGUGUGGAUUUCAAGAAAGGCGAGCUGGAGGUCGGCAUUGUUGGUGGGCCCCAGUCCGACGGAAAGGACGGGUCAGAUCCGGCAUUCAAGACUUUGACCGAAGAACAAAUCGAUGAGAGACUUCAAGCAAUCAGUGAAAGAGACUAG